UCCUGAAUCACUUUAAGCUUUGAAGUUCUCUCGAUCUCAUCUUCUGAUCUCGAUUCCAGAUUUUCUUUCGCAAGAAUCACAAAUGUGUCAGUGUCUGAUCCACUUUUAGAACAAGAAAUGCAAUUACAGAGUAGAAUUGGAGUAAUUCUAGCAAUUCAAUUAUGCAUCUUUCUGGUUCUCUGUGAUCCUCAAACCAAUCUACUCAACAAAGGUUGCAGCCAAUACAAUGCGACGGACCUUCCGAUCUUCUACGCUAACCUCAACGCUACGUUCACGGAACUCCGGAACAAACUCGCCGGUCCGAACGAUGAGUUCUUCUCUACGGCUAACCAGGGCCGGUCAUCAAACCCGGUUUAUGGAAUGGUUCAGUGUAGAGACUACCUCUCCACCACUGAUUGUCUUGGUUGCUUCGAUGCAGCUGUGGCUCUCAUCCGAACCUGUUCGGCGGCUAACGGCGCUCGUGUUAUCUUUGACGGCUGCUUUUUGAGGUAUGAGAGCAGCAGCUUCUUCGACCAGACCACUGAACCAGGAAAUACGGCAAUCUGCGGAAACAAAACCGCAACCAGCACGAACGGUUUACAGACUACGGUCAAUACACUAUUAACUGAUCUCGUAACUGCGACGCCCAAAAUUAAUGGCUAUUUUGCGGCAGUGAAGAGCGAGGCAGCUGGUUCCAGUGGUACUGCAGUGUAUGGUGUGGCUCAGUGUGCGCUUACAGUGAGUGAGACUGGAUGUGCGGAUUGUUUAUCCAUAGCGUAUCAGAACAUCGAGAUAUGCACCCAAGAUUCCGAUUCGAGGGCUGUGGAUGCAGGGUGUUUUAUGAGGUAUUCUCUGACGGCGUUCUUUGCGGACAAUCAGACCACGGAUAUCGCGACCUACUUGAAAAGCGGAAGUUCAAGCAAGAGAAAUGCCAUUAUUGGGGGUGUUGUUGGAGGUGUUGCCUUUCUUGUGCUUCUCGGUCUAUUUGUUGCAUUCUUACUACGAUCCAAGAAACCCAAGAAAGCUCGUGAAGGAAAUAUCCUAGGAGCUACCGAGCUUCGGGGACCAGUGAAUUUCUCCUACAGAGAUCUGAAGAAUGCAACCAAGAAUUUUUCUGUAGAGAACAAACUUGGGGAAGGAGGGUUUGGAGAUGUCUACAAGGGGGUUCUGAGAAAUGGAGCAAUAGUUGCAGUCAAGAAACUUACAAUAGGUCAGUCCAGUAGAGCAAAGACAGAUUUUGAAAGUGAAGUGAAGCUUAUAAGCAAUGUUCAUCAUCGCAACGUUGUCCGCCUUCUUGGGUGUUGCAGCAAAGGCCCGGAACUGCUGCUUGUUUAUGAAUACAUGGCGAACAGUAGCCUCGACAAGUUUUUGUUUGGUGACAAGUCUGGGACUCUCAACUGGAAACAGCGGUUUGACAUAAUUGUUGGCAUGGCAAGGGGGCUUGCCUAUCUACAUGAGGAGUUCCAUGUAUGUAUUAUACACCGAGACAUAAAAUCUAGUAAUAUACUGCUGGAUGAUUAUUUCCAGCCCCGAAUUGCAGAUUUUGGGCUGGCAAGACUUCUACCAGGGGAUCAGAGUCAUCUAAACACCAGAUUUGCUGGGACCUUGGGUUACACAUCACCUGAGUAUGCAAUUUUUGGGCAGCUGUCUGAGAAGGUUGAUACCUACAGUUUUGGCGUGGUUGUUCUUGAAAUCAUUAGUGGUCGUAAGAGCAAUGACAUAAAGUUUGAGCCUGUAACACAAUACCUCCUUGAAUGGGCAUGGAAACUGUACGAAGAAGACAAAGUGAUGAAUUUGGUGGAUAAAAGCUUAAGCUCUGAUGAUUAUGAUGCGAGUGUAGUAAAGAAAACUAUACAUAUUGCUCUCCUGUGCACCCAAUCUUCGGUUGCAGAAAGACCCGCAAUGUCUGAAGUUGUUGUGAUGCUGUUAAGCAAGGGAGAAUUAGAGCUCAGGCCAACCAGACCUACAUUCAUUGAUGCUACUAAUAGGAUUCGUGGAGAUACAUCCUCUUCUACUGGGACAUCCUCAACCAAUGCCAAUGCUUCAAUCAGCGAAGUCUCGGGGCGUUGAAAUAUAAUCUGGUCUAAUUGUAGAGCAGGUAGCAAGUCAUUGCAGUGUAAGUUUGCUUAAAAUGUAUCCUAGUGAUUUUGUUCCUGAUCAGCCAUUAGCCAAGAUUGCCAAGUUGACUGAUGCUGACCCGGGGUCUCAAAAGAAAAAGAAAAGAAAAGACAUGGGCACUGUAAUUUCUUCUUCCUUCUCAGGAUUGUUGUACUGUCAAUAACACAAACCAAUUCUUUUUUUCUUUUUUUGAUGAGAAACACAAACCAAUUCUAGUUGUGUCUUCUUUCCUUU